CAAAGACUGAGGAACACGCGCUAGAGGACGCAAACGAUGAGGAGGAGCAACAAUCCUGCUUCGAUGCUGCCGGUACUCGAAUCUAUGGCGUAGGGCUGCCGGGCAAUGAGCAGGGACGGAUGCGGUACCUCUACAGUCUCCUCCUUGAUGACGUGCCGGACUUGGAGAUUGACGAAGUUACAAGAGUGGUCAAGGGAUUGUUUCGGGUGCCCAUCGUUUUGACUUCCAUCGUCGACCGCAAGCACCAGUGGUUCAAGUCGAGCAUCGGGCUUCCUUUAAUCGGCACAACGCGGCAGAAGUCUUUCUGCGCACACACGCUGCUCAGCGACGUCCCUGAAAUUCUGUAUGUCCCCGACGCGCGACUGGAUGAACGUUUCAAAUAUAACCCGCUAGUGCUUUCAGAUCCGGAGAUCCGCUUCUACUGCGGCUGCCCUAUCAUCGUGGAGGGGGUCCGACUCGGGGCACUCUGCGUGAUCGACUACGUCCCGCGCGUCGACAUCACCUACGAAGCGGCGUUGUUGUUGUGUAAUUUCGCGGAUAUCGUUGCUGCGUCGCUCGGACGCGGCACGGCCCGCGACGAAGAUCUCGACAUGUUGUGCAAUGCGUGCUUUCUGGUCGACCUGCGACAGGAAAACGAGCUGGAGGGGCAGCUCUACGAUCACGAUGUCGAACUCGACCACAAUGAUCUGGGUGACGCAGCAGGUGCCACGAACAACGGCACGCGGACGGGGCACACUGGAUUGUCCUCCCACAGUACUACGGGAGCGGAAGGACUGGGAGGAGAAAAGGAUCAGAGAAGGAUCACUUCGUCUGUUCGUCUUCCGGAUGAGUUUGGGAAGAUUUUGUACUGCAACCGCGUGGCGAAGAAACUGGUUGCCUCGACGCGGGCAGAAGCGCAAGAACGGACAGGAAGCGCUGACGAACAAAAGAAGGUCAAGCUGCAGAUGGACCCCCGCGAGAUGCGUGCGCUUGACGAGGAAGCAGCUGGGCGCCGCACUGCGGCUAGUGCAGCAGCAUCAUCAAGUGGAAGUGCUAGCGCGGUCGCUGCAGAGGAGGCUGCAAGAGAAGACCCACUUGCAGCAUCACCAAGGUUGCAUUUGUCCGAUAUACUGGGCGAGGUGCUGAACUGCAAAGCAACCCGCCGUGCCAUUUUUAGCAUCUCGCGGCCCUCCGAAGAACGAGGACGCGCACUCGUGUUUGCGGGGAAACUAAGAGACGGCAGCCCGGUUUUUUGCUGCUGGCAUCCAGCCGCAUGCCAGGCUCGCCCGCAGCGAAAAGAGGAGAAUCUGAGCAGUGUGGUCUACUUCCCCUACACGGUCAACAAAACCGAAAAAAACUUGCGGGACCACGCCGCCGCUAUCGACGCGCAAUUACAGCUAGAAAUAAACCAAAUCAGGAGCGAUCACCGUGAAGCGGAGUUCGCGACUAAGGUGACGGAGAUGGAGGAGAGUUUGGACUUCUUUGCAGAGCAAAACUUCAUGCCGGGCGCAAAGAAAGCAGCGAGAGGGUUCUGCGUUGUGAAGAGAUACGAUCCGGACGCUACUACAUCUUCCCCUUCGAAAAAAAAAAUUAAGGGCGUGCCAGAAAUAAAAUUGAACGAUGAAGGCGGCAUUAUUGAAAUCAGUUCGCUUCGUCAGUUAGAGGGCCUCAUCAUUUUUGGCCGACGGUGUUAUGGUGACGCCGCUGCCGCCGCGAAAGGAGGAUCCAUGUCAGCUUUGAGGUCCCCGUCCUCGUCGAGUGUGCCCACCCAGGGGCCGCAGCCGGAGGGAAAUACGUCUUCACCGCGCCACGCUUUGAACGCUAGCUCCCCACAAGUUGCUCUUCCGAUAGACCACGUAGAGGAAUCCCCGACGACUGCACAUGGCGGGUUUGACGCGCACCAGCUCCCCGGCGUUGUGCUCGACAAGCGCGGCGACCAGGUCCAAGAUUCCGACGCUGCGCUGGACCGAUCACAGGAUGCAAAUUGCGCCAUUAGUAGCAAGACAGACCUCCGAAAUUUCCUCGGCGCUCUUUCCAGCAGCGCUGCGUGCUCAUCUACCCGAGGGCAAUGCGCGGCGAACAGCAAUUCGGGUUACAAGAACCGCCACACUGGAGAUGUUGACAAUAUCCAUUACGACGACAAUCCGGCUCCACCACCGAAGGAGCCACUCUGUGCGCUGGCUCCACCAACGACUCCUUUCAAUGGAAGUAUGACUUCGGAAGCGGGACCGCCAAUAAUCAAGGCGGUGCUGUUUUGCAACACUUUGUGUCAGGCGUGCGCCAUGUAUCAAAUUGAAAAGCGAGCGCGAGCCCAAGGUAUGGAAGUGUUUGUGUUGCAAGACUUCCCAGUGAAACUGAAAACAUUUCCCACCUUGCAUGUACCAGCGUCACAACUUUGCACACCAGGAGAGCAAAGAUUUGUGUCAACACAAAAUAAAGGCCCAGUACAGGCGAAAGUUGUGAAGAGCGAGCCGCUGUGCGCACUUAGAAUCUAAAGCAGGGACAGACGUCGCCCAAGCAUGCAAGGAAAAUAGUGUUGCGGCCUGGCGGCCUGACCAUCUGCGGAAAGGUUUCCAAUAGGUUGCGUCCGAGGUUGCGGGCGGAUUAGCAACACAAAUAGUCCUCUUUAUUUGGAAACGUUGCAACGCAAACAUUUGAAACUUUUGGGGUGGCAGCACGUUUCAUGUUGAUGCCAUGUUUCACGAAUUCUAUUAUGCCGCGAGCCUCGCUUAUCGUCGUCGGCGAGUGGUUUUUGCGGAGGUAGAUGUGGAUCGUAGCUCCGCGCUCGCGAAGAUGGUGCUCGGACCCACUUUCUUUCUGCCAGCUGUCAUGUUCUACGAUCGGUAUGUAUGAUAAAGGACAGCUGUACCUAUUCCCUCUUACCCGCAUUUACCAUGCAAAAUCUCUAAAAAUCCUGAUCCAAUUCCUCGUUCUUUAUUAAUUUGUAUUCGGUUAGAAGUUGUGAUUUAUGUCAUUACCUGCGAGAGAGGAUUACGUACAAUCGCGGCACUAUAUCGUCAUGCGUGUGGAGCUACUUGGUGAAGGAAGUUUGUCUGUGCUGCUUGCGAUUGCUUUGAAAUGAAGGGUAGCUGGGCGUCGGGUUUUCUCCUUUCAUAGUCGGGUAACAAGAUCUUGGGCCCCAGCGUGAACCAGGGGAAGCUGUGUGCUUCCGGAAUGGAAUUUCGCGAACGUCUGAUGGCUCUUUUGGUUGCGGAAGAAGAGUCUGAGAAGGCGGAGCUGGCAGAAUUAGCUUUGUCCCGAAACGAUAGGGAGACUGUAGGUGACCUGGACCAGGAACCCACUCCCCUUGGAAAGGCACCGGUUGCCGACGAAGACACGGACUCGGAGAAGGACAGCACAGAAACCCUUCAGAGAAAAUGGGGGCACCAAAUGCCGUUGCUGCGCAAAAAAAAUGCCAAGAAAACCAGCGGGGUCGGCAGCGCAGCAGGUGCAGGCGUUGUAGCCAGUGACAUUGGUUCUCAGCCUUUUCCAAUCGUCCCGGCAACAAGUACUUCCGCCGCCUCGUCCUCUGGAAGUGCUGUGAUAGGGCACUUGAAUCGCUCAUCCUCGCAGUCGUCUUCCCCCGGGCAAGACGAGACGCCGAAAGGCAGCAGGAAGUUUCGUGGCGCCGGCAUGUCGAGUUUGAUGCCGAAGGCGCUCUCCAACAUGAAGCUGCCGGGGAAAGUAUCCCGUGUACUAAAAACGUGCCCACCCCAGAGUCAAGAUCGAAACUUUGCAACACAAAUCCAGAAGUUUUGAUGGGAGUCACGCACUGACAGCAUUACAUACAAAUGCUACACGGAAGGGGAACCUGCAAGGCGCGUUGGUUUGUGGAGGUUUCGUUCGGUUUAAGCACUACAAAUGCCAAAACACGACUAGAGAUACCUCUCAUGCUGGAGGUGCCCAUUUUUACGAAUGUUCCCAUGGAUGCAAAUCUGCAUGACAGCUACCUGCCCUGCGUGACAGCUAUCUGCGGCCGUUGGCACGGGGGGAGGCAAAGUGUGCUGCACUUCUGUUUAGCAUGACAGCUAUAGGGUGGGAACGUUUUUGGCCAGAAUACAAAGUGCCUUUUUGCUUUCGCAGUACUAAUGGCGGAAAUACAAAUACUACUUCUGACGCAUCCGCUUCCGGUCUCGGUAGAAAAGCGGGGCCUCUCUGCUUUCGUAGCGGCCGCCAAGAAGGACACGACUCAACCCCUCUCGAAGAUUUCGUUCCAAAUCAGCAAGGCGAUCAGUCUAGUUCAGAAAGUGACCAUAGCAUGGGAGACGACGAGGAAGAAAACCGGGACUGCGGGAUCGUGAUGCCCAACAGCAAGAGCGGUGUCAUCGGUAUUGACGUACACCCGAGUGCUGUUUGAGUGCAAAAAUGCAACCAUGCCAUCGGUAUUCGUGUAAACAUUUAGUUCGGAUUUAUCGUGCAACAUUGUGCCUUCUCGUAGUAGCAUCGCACUUACCAAAUAGCUUCUAGCGUAGCAUGCUAAAAAUGUGAAUGCAACCACGAUGAGAAUAAACAAUACAGAUGAAAAGAAGACCGAUGCGGAUUUUAUUCUCUUUGAAUGGAACGAUGUCAGGCUUGUUUGUGAACCCAAUAUGAUACGCGCACUACUGGAAUUCGCAAUUGGUAAAACCCCAUAAACGUUUGAGGAUCGUAGCCUCAUGAAACAAGUUUCCAAGUUUAUUGCUCACCACGAUCACAGGAAACUUCACAAGCGGCGGGAAUUGUUCUCUUGCGAAUGAUAUCAAAUGUAAAAAUGUCUGGGUCUGGAAGAAUGCAACUUGUCAUGCUAAAUCUGAAGCAUGCAAAAAUCUGUGUUGCAUGAUUGCCAAAAGUCGUCCAGUUUUGGCCAAGUCGCGAGGGAGUUUCUCAUGCAGGAGAGGCAUGAGAGAUGUCGCACAGAUGAAUCUGUCAUGCUAGGUCCUGCAUUCCAGACCUCAUGGGUCAUGGAAAAGCUGCAUGACAAAUCGCGCAUUCUUCCAGACCCAGACAUUUUUACAUUUGAUAAAUGAAAGCGCUCUCGUAGAGGAACUCGCGGCCAGCAUUGUCGGGCCAGAGGAGUUGCUGGGCUACCUUGGGCACGUCAUGGUCCACGCGAACUCGGCCCCGUCGCAAGCUAUCUGGACGUCGUCCCUGGAUCGGAAGCACACAAGCCCGCAAGGCAGCAAGAAGCCAGUUUCUACGAAACCACCUCCGGAAGUAGAGUGCCUCUACGAAAGGGAGGUCCGAAUUUUGCAGAUGAUGCAGCGGCUUUCACGGCGCGAUCGGCGCGACCUCGUGCGUUUCGCCCAUGCGAAUCUUGCUCCAUUCACCUGCAGAGGCAAGGCGCCAGUGACUACAUCGGCGCAGGAUGGUUCGGCACCUGGCCACGCUACGGAAGCGGAACAAGAAGGCCGUAGUAAAUUUCAGAAAAUGUUGCAGAAAGCAGACUUUUUGACCCGCCGCCAGAGCCAGACUCCGAAGCAAGACCACACGCGAGGCCUCGGGACACGCGUCGAGACCUCUGCAGAGAGCACGUUUGUUCUGACGGGGAAGUUUGCGUGCAGGAGGAAGGGGCUUUGUUGCGGGAUGAUCAUGACGAGGACACCAGAACACUGA